GAUUUUCUUUUUUGUUUUCGUUUUUUUGUUGCUGCUUCUUCGCUCUCCAUUCUCACUUAUUUAUCCUUGAUUUUUCUAAUUCAAGAUUAAAUGGAGGAUUUUAUUGUUUAUACUAGCAAUAUGAGCAGUUGGUUCAACUCAUCAGUAGCCGCACUCCAUCAUGGUUUCAUUAGAAGUCUCCCACAAUAUUGCGUCAAUAGUUCUUAGGGUUUUCGGACGAUUUAUUCAUUACAUUUAUCUGUAUCUUGCUGGCAAGUCAACAAUGAACUAUUGCGCCAUGGAGACGACGGUGAUGAUCGCUAAAACUGAAACAAAGAAAGAGUGGUUUCUAAAGAUGUACAUUGUACAAUACUACAAUGGACUGGUUUUGUUUGAAUUCAAAGAAGAGACAGCUUGAGGAAUGGUGACACUCAUUGUCAUUGAACAAAGGACAAUUAAAGGUGCCAACUUUUAAAACAUAAAUCAGUUCAUACUCCACCACCCCCACAUGUUCUAUCUUCCAGUUGCUAACAAAUCACUCAACCCAAUUUCCCACUUUUUAUACGAAUCAAUUUCACAUAUUCAUUACCACUAUCAUUUCAAAAAAAAAAAAAAAAAAAAAAAAAAGAAUGACCACCGGUCAACUAAUAUUAAUCCUCCUCACCAUCACCUCACUUUUCUCCACCACCAUCUGCCACCGUCCUCUUUCCACCAACCACCACUGCAACCGUCACAACCUACCGUCACAAAAACUUCUCCGACCAGACCAAUUCACCGUCCUAAUCAACGGCUACUCAGAAUCACGCAUUCCGAUCCUACACACAAUCACCGGAAUCUACUCAUCCUCUCCAUCAGUAGCUGCAGUGGUUCUGCUAUGGGGAAACCCUAACACACCGUCAACAACCCUAACACACCUCUCACACAACCUCUCAACCUCAUCUCCAGGCCACGCGCCAAUCACCGUCAUCCGGCAACCAUCAUCCAGCCUCAACGCGCGGUUCCUCCCGCGCGCGUGGAUCUCCACGCGCGCCGUACUCAUCUGCGAUGACGACAUUGAAACCGAUACAAAAUCGAUCGAAUUCGUGUUCAAUAUCUGGAGGAACAAUCCGGAACAACUCGUAGGGUUGUUUGCUAGAUCUCACGCGUUUGAGUUAACCAGCGGCACGUGGAUCUACACGGUUCAACCGGAUCGGUACUCGAUUGUGUUAACGAAGUUUAUGAUGAUGAAAACAGAGUAUUUGUACCUGUAUAGCUGUGGAGGGGGUGAAUUGAUGACGCAAGCAAGGUUGAUUGUUGAUGAGAUGAGGAAUUGUGAAGAUAUUUUGAUGAAUUUUGUAGUGGCGAAUGUGACUAGUGUGGGGCCGGUUUUGGCCGGAGCUAAAAGAGUGAGGGAUUGGGGUGACGCGAGGAACGACGGUCAAAAAGCGUUGACUGCGGCGGAGGAGGUGGCGGUGGGGUUGAGUAGUAGGAAGAAGGAGCAUAGGAAGAGGAGAGGAGAGUGUAUAACAGAGUUUCAUAGGGUUUUGGGGAAGAUGGGGUUGAGGUAUAGUUAUGGGAAGGUGGUUGAUUCUGUUGGUGAACAGGGGCUUUGUCAAAAAGGUGGCAAAUUGGUGUUUUGUGAUCAACAAUUUUUCAAAUGAAAAUAACCGGUAAAGUGGUGCUGUUCAAGUCCUGUAAAAGUACGGAUUUAAGGAUUGUAUAUUACGGGAUGUGUAUGUUUAACGAUAACCGUUUGCUAAGUAUCAUUUAUGACGACUGUAGUUAGUUUUGCUAAGUAUCAUUUAUGACGACUGUAGUUAGUUUUGAAAGCUUUAGGUUUUUUAUGGUUUAGUAAUAGAAGCAAAUGUAAAAAUAUAGAGUGGGAUCAUUGGUGUAAAUUUGUUUUCAUGUA